CAUCUAAUGCAAUACGAAGACGUACUUAUACAACUCCAACAACUAACCUAGAACUUUUAAAACCAUUAACACCAAUCACCGCCACUACCCCACAAGAAAUUAAUCUUAAUUUCGUUUUAGGAUACACGAAUCUAGCCCCUGAUGGUUAUACGCGAAAAGUUUGGACAGUAAAUGAUCCGGCCACAAUCCAUUGGCACGGAAUAUUUCAAUUAGGCUCUAAUUGGUAUGACGGAGUCGGAGGUCAGACGCAAUGCCCUAUUUUAGCCGGAGUUUCGUUUGUUUAUAACUUCACGGUCGCAGACCAGGUUGGAACAUAUUGGUGGCAUUCGCAUUAUCUUGCUCAAUAUGUUGAUGGUAUACGUGGACCCUUAAUUAUAAAUGAUCCUGAUGAUCCUUAUAAAG